CGCGGCGCGGGCGGCGCGGGAGCUGGCAGGCGGCGGGCGCGGAGCGCGGGCGGCCGGGGACCGGAUCCCUGCAGCAUGGGGCGCCUGCAGCUCUUCGAGAUUUGCCUGAGCCACGGCCGCAUCGUCUACAGUCCGGGGGAGUCGCUGGCGGGGACCGUGCGCGUGCGCCUGGGGGCGCCGCUGCCCUUCCGAGCCAUCCGGGUGACCUGUACGGGGUCCUGUGGCGUUUCCAACAAAGCCAAUGACGUGGCCUGGGUGGUAGAGGAGGGCUACUUCAACAGCUCCCUGUCGCUGGCCGACAAGGGGAGCCUGCCUGCCGGAGAACACACCUUCCCCUUCCAGUUCCUGCUUCCUGCCACAGCACCCACGUCCUUUGAGGGCCCUUUUGGGAAGGUGGUGCACCAGGUACGGGCAACCAUCGACACGCCACGCUUUUCCAAGGACCACAAGUGCAGCCGCGUAUUCUAUAUCUUGAGCCCACUGAACCUGAACAGCAUCCCGGACAUCGAGCAACCCAACGUGGCCUCCACCACCAAGAAGUUCUCCUACAAGUUGGUGAAGACGGGCAGCGUGGUCCUCACGGCCAGCACGGACCUCCGCGGCUACGUGGUGGGCCAGGUGCUGCGGCUGCAGGCGGACAUCGAGAACCAGUCGGGCAAGGCCACAGGCCCCGUGGUGGCCAGUCUGCUGCAGGUCAGACCCUGUCCCGUCGCCCUGCCCUGCCCGGUCCUGGGGAGGGGCUGCCGGCUCACGCUGGGCCCCUCCCCAGAAAGUGUCCUACAAGGCCAAGCGCUGGGUGUACGACGUGCGGACCGUGGCCGAGGUGGAGGGCGCCGGCGUCCAGGCCUGGCGGCGCGCGCAGUGGCGGGAGCAGGUCCUGGUCCCCGCGCUGCCGCAGUCGGCCCUGCCGGGCUGCAGCCUCAUCCACAUCGACUACUACCUGCAGGUCUCCCUGAAGGCUCCCGAGGCCGCCGUGACCCUCCCGGUCUUCAUAGGCGGUAUCGCUGUAAACCGCGCCCCGCCGAGCCCCCUGCCCGGCCCAGGGCCGCCCCCCGGCGCCCCGGGCCCCGUGGUGCCCUCGGCGCCUCCCCCGGAGGAGGAGGAGGAGGAGCAGGCCGCGGCCGGGGGCGCCUGCCUCCUGCACCCCGUUUCCCUCUCCACCAAGAGCCACUCGCAGCCGCCGCCGCCCGCGCCCCACCCCGGGGAUGGCGGCCCUGCCCGCUGUCCUGUGCCCCCGCUGCUGUGCGUCUCCACGGGUGCCACGGUCCCCUACUUCGCGGAAGGCCCGGUGCCCGCCGCCAGCACCGCGAUCCUGCUGCCGGAGUACAGCUCUUGGGGCUACCCCUAUGAGGCCCCGCCGUCCUACGAGCAGAGCUGCGGCGAGCACGGCCUGGGCCCCGCGAGCUGACCCUCCGGCUGCCUCCCGGGCGGCGCGCCCGGCCUCGUGCCUUCUAUCUGGGCCUGGCCCGGACACUCAGGACCCACAGCCCCAGGACGCCGGCCUGCCGGGCACCCCCUCUCCGGCGCCACCGGCUGGAGCUGGAGCGCGAAAAUAAAGAGCUUGAUUCGCAGAGCUGGGCACAGGCCGGCUCUGGGCAUCUCCCACCCCUUUAGGGUGCUUGCUGGGACUCUGGGCCCGUGUCCCAGACCUCCCAGGGGCUGGGCCCUUCAGGUGUGGCUCUUUCUCCCAGGACCCGCGCUGGUGCUUGGGCCCCUGGUCUGCUAAGGAUGCGCUCCUGGAGCCGGGCCUGCGGGUCUGGGGCUUUGCGUUGAUUGAAAACGUUAUUUGUGAUGCAGGGAAAAGACCACCCUGUUCCUGGCAGCUCAGUUCUGCACUUAGGAAAACACUGGGUGGUUGCGGGGUGGAGGGCCUGCACCAAGACCUCUUCCCCAGUAGAAGUCCCUUCUCCUUGGAUCAUGCAUUCUUGGCACCAGGGCCAAGUCUAGCUCUCAGGGACACUGCUUUUCGGCUCCCACAAACAUGCAGGACUGCCUCUGCAGUUUCCUAAGUAUCGAAAGACUGUCACUCAGGACCCUGAGUACCCCAGAGCAAACCAAAAAGGCUAGGGUCUGUAGUCCACAGUCUCCCAAAGGGGCACCAUGCACCUGAGGGAGGACAGCAAUGUCCUGUUGGGCCAGUGGUCCUGGGGCCACUCUCGCAAGCGCUGCAGGUGGUGGCUGCAAUGAACUCUGGUUCAAAUUCCAACCUUGCCAUUUGGUGAAGGGGUGACCUUGGCUGGGUGUGAGGCCAGUUACCUUAUCUAUAACAAGCCCAUGGGACUAUGAGGGGAUUAGGUCAGGUGUUCCCUUCCUCUAAAUAUCACAUGAUAAGAGUCUAUUUAUACAGUCUGGAGGUGGCAGCUUCAGGCCUGGGGUGCAACUGUCCUGCACGAUUGUGGCUUCCAUGCCUGGGUCCUGGGUGGCUGGUCCAGCUUUCAUCAUCCCCUAACCUAUGGGGAUGAAAAAAUGGACAACGGGCUUGCACUCCAACUCUUUAAGGGAAAGGCUGAAGAGUGAGUCAUGUCACUGCCACAUCCCAUUGGCCCACCCCUGCUACCAGGGUGGCAAAGAAAUGUGGGCUUUAGCCAGGCAACCAUGUACCCAGAUAAAAUUUUGUGGGAAAAGAGGUGGAUGAAUAUUGGAGAAAAGCAACAAGUAUGUCACAAGUGGGAUAAUCCACUAAACAUCUGCUAGUCUCCUGGUUGAAAGGAAGAGUUCUGCAGCCAGCCUGCCUCUUGCCAGCCUCGGGGCUCUGAAGAAGGCACCCCGCUCUUUUGCUUCAGUCUGCUCCCCUGUACAUGUUGGAGAGAACAGAGCCUGCCUAAGCUGACCAUGUGAAGUAAUCGGUGGUCUUACUGUGCAAAUGGGAUAAUAAAGGGUGCCUCUGGCAUCCUGGCAAAUACAUUUACAAUUGA